CUUUGCUGAAAUUCUCCCAAAAUCCUAUUAAUGAAUUAAUUAAAAUAAUUUUCCAGCUUCUUCGUCGUCAAACUUGUCUUCCAAAUUCCUCAUUUUCUCUUCGUUUCAUUCAAAAAUAAAAGCGCAUUGCUUUAACGCUCUCUCUCUUGCAAAUUCUAUUUUCCAUUUCUUCAAAUUAGGGUUCUUAAAAACACCCCUACAACACUUUCAAUUUCAUGAAAAUGCCAUAACAAUGAUUCUUUAAUUCGACGAUUUAUUAUUUAUUUAUUUGCGGGAUCCCAAGUUCCCAACAGCUUUGUCUUUGGCCUUUUAUGUUAUCGGUGUUGUAAAAUGGCGGCGCCGAGGAAUGUGUUGAGGGACGAAGAGAGUGCUGUUGCGGGGUUGUUGAACAACAGCAAGGAAGACUACGAUUCUCCAACGGGGAAGAGGUUAAAAUCGGAAAGGUUUCCGGUUUCAAGAUGGGAAUUGGCUGCCUUUUUUGGGGUUUUCUUGAUCUUUUCUACCGGUUUGUUCUGCAUCUACCUUACCAUGCCCGCCACCGAAUAUGGGAAACUCAAGAUCCCACGUUCCAUCUCGGAUCUCCGCUUGCUCAAAGAUAAUAUUGCAACAUAUGCAAAAGACUACCCAACACAAUUCAUUUUGGGUUAUUGCUCAACUUAUAUCUUCAUGCAAACCUUUAUGAUUCCUGGAACAAUUUUCAUGUCUUUGCUAGCUGGAGCUCUCUUUGGUGUUAAAGGCCUUUUCUUGGUUGUCUUUAAUGCCACAGCUGGAGCAUGCUCCUGCUUUUUUCUGUCAAAGCUGAUUGGCAGGCCCUUGGUUAGUUGGUUGUGGCCUGAUAAAUUAAGAUUUUUUCAAGCAGAGAUUGCUAAACGAAGGGAAAGGUUGCUGAAUUACAUGCUCUUUCUGAGAAUUACUCCAACUUUACCCAACCUAUUUAUUAAUUUGGCUUCGCCAAUAGUCGACAUACCGUUUCAUGUGUUCUUUUUAGCAACUUUUAUUGGCCUAAUCCCAGCUUCCUAUAUAACGGUGAAAGCUGGCCUUGCUCUUGGGGAUCUUAGGUCCAUCAAGGAUCUCUACGAUUUUAAGACUUUGUCUGUGCUUUUCCUUAUUGGAUCAAUCUCCAUAUUUCCUACCCUUCUGAAGAGAAAGAGAAUAUAUGAAUAAAGGUUAUGUCGGUGAAGUCUGUGGCAUCCUCCUGACAAUGGGGAUUAAGAAUAGAAAUAUUGACAACUUCAAAAUUUAAGAUCCAAAUGCACCAAAAACAAAGUUUAAGAUCCAAGAAAGAAUAGAGGAUAGAUCCUUAUCUGUGCCUCAGAAUAUUGAAGAUCUAGCAUUGACACAAAUUAUGAAAAACACGGGAAAUUCCUUUUCCUUUCAUUUUCCUAUUUAAUGUUAUGCUAACUCAAAUCAUCUCCCAAUUGGAUUAUUUACAAACAUUUGGGAGUCAACUUUUUCUAGAAAUGUAUUAUACUCCAUUUACACUUUUUGACAGUUUUACAUGCAGCACUGCAUGAUAAUCUUGCUGUAGAAUAUGUAAAAACUGUACUAAUUUAGUGUAUUCAGUAAUAAUAGUUUUGGUGGUUUGUGCUGACGAUAUUUAA